CAGUUUUCCUAUUCUCCUGCUAAAUACCGGACGAAUCAUUGGAGCUUCGACAGAUAAAGUGCGAGGAGCUUUUGCCUUCGGGAAUUAGGGCACUCCGCGCUUUUGGCAACGGGGCGGGAAAGGAUCCAUGUUUAAGGCAUUCGUUCUCCGAUCGAGUUUCUUUUCGUUUCUCAAAUCUUCUCACUGCCUUAACACUCUUGAAAUUAUUCAGAAUUGCCCUCGAUAAUUCCUUCUGUUUUAGCAAUAGUCAGUUCGUCAUCCUCAUAUUCGCGAUCCCCAAUGAUCAACCUUACUCAGUAGAAUCAUCACUGAAAUCGUAAAUUCCAUCGUGAUGUUUAUUUUUCCAAGGCGGGCACCGGAGAUCGAUCUACACACCGAAGGAUGCACGCGUGCCACCGUUGCACGAACACACAUUGAAUUUUUUAAUAUGCACUCACAGACCCGCAAUGACGCUCGGGUUCUCGUACAAUUACACGCUUCCGUAGCGCGUCAGCCGACUCCUUUUGGGCGGAGUGAUAAUGCGAUCGCCACUUGAUAAACAGGAAAGAGAGCAAGUGGGAGCACCGAGCUCAACUGCGCGAAGCGAACGCUCCUCGAAUCGUGGCCUAUUCCGAUAAUCCUGAAUUCCAUUGGGAGUCCGAUCGGUCUAUCGCCAUUGUGGAUAUUCGCAGGCAUAAUCGUCCAAUAUUCGUGUAUGUCAUUCCCAUGUAAACGUAAAUUUCGAUUGAUCCGCUGAACAACGGCUCCAGCCUGGCUCAUAUGUCGCGCGAAGAAUUAUAACAGAUAUUCCAACUUCGUGAUUCUGGUUUGCGUAGAGCAGAUUAGGCAGAUACACCGGAGCCAUUUCGACCAGUUUUAUGCUGGAAGUUCGAAGAUAUUAUUUAUGGGAGCUGCGAGCAGAGAAUGAAGAACGAUUCUCAUUGAAGCGGUUUAUGAAAAUGAAUAUUUUUUUUCACCAGUUCAGUCGACGCUGUCAUUUUGCGAUAAAUCGAUGCCUCUCGCGAUGCUUCCUGUUAAUAAAAACAAUUUGUGGGUCUGAGAGGAGAAAAUAAAUUCGUUAGUUCUCGUCGGAUAGUCGAAAUUUAUGGAUUCAAAACUGUCCCCGGUGUACAGCAUCCAUAACAGAACAUUUCCGGUCGCAUUAUUCAGCGAGCCUUGUUAUUAAGCCACUCGAUUCACAUACCAUAAGAAUAGCCGACUGUAUCGCGCGAUUGAUAAACGAAUAACUUGGUAGUUUGAUUUACACAGCGGUGGCCCAGAUUCGCGUUUAUAUCUUGGGGAUAAAACUAUCGGGACUCAUACCGCCUCGGAAACUCUUCAAGGAAUCUUCUCGAGUCCUAAAAGUUUAUUCUUAUCGCUCCUCGGUGUCAGACUCGGUAGAAUCGUUUAUCCUUAGCUGCAGAGAAACUUUAACCAUUUUCACAGACGCAGGACCCAACGAUGUAUGUAAUUCUGAGCCCGAGAUAAAUUAUCCUUCGGAUCCAAUCAAUUUUACGCUGAAAAUGCUUCAGUUCUUCAUAUUGCUGUAUGAGUCUCGUAAAGCCGAGUAAUCGAGUUCUUUAAACGGCUCCUUUGAUCCUCGAUUGAAGAGAGUUAAGUUCGUUUUUAAGGAGUUAAUAAAUUCGAAGAGGAGACAGAUCACUAUGGUUUUUGAAACUUCUCUCUCUACUUGCCACUACUAAUUUUUGCAUUCUCCUGAAACCUGGAAAAAAAAUUUUAUCAUUUGAACCAGACGGAAUGGACUCGGAAAUUUCAGUAUCAAAGAAAAGUAUUCUGCACUAAACUGCUGCGGAAGAACCUGAUAAGAAUAGUGACGUUACCUAAUGGAAUGCGAUUUGUAUUUUCGAGAAAAGCCCUCGGGUCCCUUGUCCGCUACAGGAUUGUCAGGUCAGAAUUUUCAUUGGGAAUCUCGUAAAUAUCUUGUUUCAGGAUGCAUGUGAGCUUGGGAAGAGAGACGGACACGCUUCGUCGAUUUCGUGAGAUCGAGCGUAUAGCGUUUCACAAGAGAAUUGUUCGGCGUGCUCAGGUGAUUCUGGACAGGUCUGCUAGAAUAUUCUCGUGUCUGUUCUGAUGUCCCGAACGUUGAAGAGCUCUGAGUUCGAGUUUGAAGUGCUCAAUUUUACAUGGGUGCUAGACGAGAGUGUUAGGAUCAAAUAUUGAUCGGUCACGGGGAGGAUUUCGGGUCGAUAAUGUAUUUUAAUUUUUUCUCGUUUCUUCUCUAUUUAUCGAAUUUGCUGAUGAUGGAAAAAAAAUAUUAUUUCUUUAUUGGGACGAGCCCGGAGAAUGUUAGCAGCCCCGCAUUUGGCAAAUCCUAAAGUCCUGCCUUAAAUUUUGUCUCAUUCGUUAAAAUGCAAGCUUCUUAAAUAGGAAUCAUCAGAAAAAGUUGAAUCGGUAAAUCGUGAACGGUGCGUUGAAAAAUCAAUCGUUCUGGUGCUGCAAAACGAUCGAUUAAGAAGGGCACAUGCAGUGGGGUUAAGACAGAGUCAAGGGCUCCAAAAUGCCCCCUAUAAUAGGCGAAACUAUUCGCUUAUGGUUACUGUCCGCGCUGAUGGUUCACGGAGCUGUUGCCGGUAAUCCGGACGCAAAACGAUUAUACGAUGAUUUAUUAUCGAACUAUAACAAACUCGUACGUCCGGUGGUCAAUACAUCGGACGUACUUCGCGUGUGCAUCAAGCUCAAGCUUUCCCAGCUCAUUGAUGUGAAUCUCAAAAAUCAAAUCAUGACGACGAAUCUUUGGGUCGAACAGUCAUGGUACGACUACAAACUGCGCUGGGAGCCCAAAGAGUAUGGAGGUGUACACAUGUUGCACGUACCGUCCGAUCAUAUCUGGCGACCGGACAUAGUUCUGUACAAUAACGCCGACGGGAACUACGAGGUGACGCUGAUGACAAAGGCAACUGUAUACUAUUCAGGAAUGGUCGUCUGGCAGCCACCGGCCGUUUAUAAAUCUUCGUGCUCCAUCGACGUUGAGUUCUUUCCAUACGACGUACAGACCUGUGUUUUGAAGUUAGGCUCGUGGACUUAUGACGGUUUCAAGGUUGAUCUGAGACACAUGGAUGAAAAAACGGGUAGCAACGUCGUCGACGUGGGCGUCGACCUGUCCGAGUUCUACAUGUCUGUGGAAUGGGACAUUCUGGAAGUGCCUGCCGUUAGAAACGAGAAAUUCUACACGUGCUGUGACGAGCCUUAUCUCGACAUAACUUUCAACAUAACGAUGCGGAGAAAAACUCUAUUCUACACCGUCAAUAUCAUCAUCCCCUGCAUGGGAAUCUCGUUUCUCACGGUAUUGACAUUUUACCUGCCCAGUGACAGCGGUGAAAAGGUGACGCUAUCGAUCUCCAUACUUAUCAGUCUUCACGUGUUCUUCCUUCUGGUAGUCGAGAUUAUACCUCCAACUUCGUUGGUCGUUCCGCUCCUCGGAAAAUAUCUCAUAUUCGCCAUGAUACUCGUCUCUAUAAGUAUAUGCGUGACCGUGGUCGUCCUCAACGUUCACUUCCGGUCGCCGCAGACGCACAAAAUGGCGCCUUGGGUCAAGCGGGUCUUCAUACACAUAUUGCCAAGACUUUUAGUCAUGCGGAGACCUCAGUACAAAUUUGAGACUAAUCGAUACAGCUCGGGUAGAGUUCUCAUGAGAACUGUGAGGGGCAAAGAGAAAACGUGUUACUACCCUUAUCAUCCAUCGAGCCAGGAGGACCCAGAUGAACAUCUUACUCCAAGAAGGUUUCACAGUCGCGUUCAAUCAAAGGAGAAUCUCUCGCCUUCGAGCUUAACCGAUGGCGCGCGAUUUGGUGGAAGUUGCCUGAUACAUGGACCACCUUUGCCACCGCUGCCUUUGCAUCCCGAAUGCGACGAUCUCACUGGAGCUGCGGCAAUAGAAGAGGUCAAGAGUCCGGUACUUCGAACGCCACCUGCCUUUUCGCAUUCCAACUGCCCACCGGAGGUUCACAGAUCUUGCAUAUGCGUACGUUUCAUAGCUGAACACACGAAGAUGCUUGAAGAUUCUACAAAGGUAAAGGAAGAUUGGAAAUACGUUGCGAUGGUACUCGAUAGGCUAUUUCUUUGGAUAUUUACGUUGGCCGUUCUGGUAGGAACGGCUGGUAUAAUAUUACAAGCGCCAACACUGUACGACGACAGAGUUCCUAUCGACAAGAAAUUCAGCGAGUUCGCGACCACAACGGUAGUGCGAUGUCCGCCACAGUAGUCUCCGCCCGAGCCCUGCACCGUAGAAAAAGACUAGCCCUAGGCAUCCUUCCCUAGGCGUUUUGUCCCAACUUCCAUCUUGCCCCUUCACGCUACUGCCCACCCUCUCCGAGUAAGUGAGCACGAUGAAAAAGCGAAAAAAAUGACAAAAAAAAACGAAAAACAAAACAAUCAAGAUCUGUUUCCCCCCCCCCAACGAGCAAAAUUACGGUAAAAGGGCUCCGAAUACGAGCAACAAAAAAAAUGAAGGAAAACGUCUCUUAAGAGACAACUCACACAAAAAAAAUAUUAAGUAUUCACUGAAAUACGCAUAUACCUUGCUUAUUUUCGAUUCAUUGAACAAAGAUACACAGUUCAAAAACAAAACGAUUGAAUUUGGUUAUGAGACGACGAAUUUUUCAGUCCCACGAUUGUAUAUUUCGCAGGAAAGAAACGUGUGUCGCAAUUAAAAGGAAAGAAAAAAAAGGAAUAAAAAAUGUUUAACGAAAAGAAACGAAUGUAAAGUUAUAUAUACUUAUACUAGUCUGUGCUCAAGUACUCGUAACAAAGCUGCCACUACUUAAUUCGUUAAAUUAACAGAUAACGCAACAGCGACUAUUGUUAACGAUACUGUGUAAUAUAAUUGCAUAAAAGAGAGAACAAAACGAUGAUUAAACACUGAAUUACAUAACUCAAUGGGAUUAUCAGAUAGGCGGCUUUGCCAGCCUCGAGGAUAACAAAAAAAUACCUUUUCGUUAUGUUAUUGUAAUUGGUGAUUGAGAAGAUAUUGGUAAGACAGGGAUAGAGGAAAUUCUGGACAUCGAGUACUUACCGAUCUGCCAUAGAUGAUUAUAGAGUUAUAUAUUUAAACAAACAAAAAUUAUAUAUAUGAAUAUAUAUGAUACAUGAUAAAUUAUAUACGUAUGUUUUAUAAACCCGGUACCCAGCCACAAAAUAUACAUAAAUAUUAAUCAUCGCGAAAUAGAUGAAUAUUGAUAGCAAAUAAUAUUAAUAACAUAAAUAAUAAUAAUAAUAAUAAUAAUAAUAAUAAUAAUGAAAAAAUAUGAAUAAUUAUUCCGGAAAGCGAUUAGAAGUAUGCACAUACGUUUUAGAAACACCAUCGUCGCGUAUAAUGGGGGGACAUUCAGAACAACAUUUUCCUGAGUCAUCGAAUAAGUUUACUUUACUUAUUAAGGAGCUAAAAUUUGGACUGUGUUAAUUCAACAAGAUUUCCGAAUACUUGGGGGAAUUACACACUAAUUUGCAGUCUGUUGUUCGAUGGUGAAAUAAUGAUUUAAAGUCGUGAAGAGAAAAAGACACGAAAUAAUUGAUUUAUGUUGUCCCAUGAUACAAGACGAACAUCCGAUGGGUCGGUCUUUCGAAUUCGAGUUCCGCGAUCCGGCAGGAUUGAACAAAUUUCCUGAUCGUCUCAUUUUCAAAAUUAUUUCCGGAUGAUAUUACGGGUAUUAUUUGCAAUGAACAAUCAUUCCUCGAUUGCAUGCGCGUUAAAAUAUGAAGAAUGUUCAAUGAAUCUAUGAUCUUUAAUCGGCGAAUGAGGGAUGAGCAGCAGACAUCUUAAGAAAAAUCUAUUUGUAUAUAAGCUACGAUACAAAACGAGUAAAAUUGUACAGAUUAAAAGAUAAAUGUUUCGGUGGUGCACAAGGAUUUCGAAAGACCGCUCAUUCAUCGUAACACUUACGCAGCCUGAGAUUGAUGUAUUUUGUAACAAAAGUAACGAAAACGUUGAGCAAAAAAAAUAACACGAAGGAAAAAAAGAACCAAAAAAAAAGAACAAAAACCAAUGAAAAAAUGUCGUACGACGAAUUAUAAAGAGUUAAGCUAAGCAACACUGUAGGAUAAGGUGAAGUAAAGCAUACGAAUUCUAAAGCUGAUAGUCGUAGGGAGUUGAACUGACGAUCCCGUUGUUCAAUGCCGUUAUUAGCUCGUAGUCGAUGUCACUGUCAGUCGUCUACGUUAAUAUUUUUCUAGUUAGACACACACGCAAUUUUUAUGGUAAUUAAAGAUUAUCGAAAUUUGUGACCGAUAAGGAUACAUCUAUAUGCAAUAUGCAAUAUAUAACAUACAAUAUCAUGCAUUAUAUAUUAUGAGGUAUGUGUUUGAAGAAGAGAGAGACGUGAAAAAACAUUGACUUUGUCCAAACUAUGUGAUUCGCAUUAAUUAAUCUUUAGUUAUUUUAAUUAUUUCAUGUUUUUUUGGUACUAAUGGAAAAAUCGAAAGACAUUUGAUCAAGCAAACCAGUGUUGGCAAGAAAAUGUAUUCGUUGAGAUGGAAAAAUGAUGUUCCAGAAAUGGAAAAAAGUUGAAAGCAUCAAUGUAUCUAAACAUGGAAAAAAAAUUGCAAUUUCCAUUUAUGAUGAUUUCGUUCGAAUCACGAUAUCAAUUCAGCAAGUAUUCCAUAGGUAAAACGAAGACGUGUGAAAAUUUCUGAGCCUGAAAACUGUCGGAAGGAAUGUUGCUGAACUGACGUUUGUAAAAUGUAAAAAAUUAUAGAAAUUUUUUUUUUCCGCCUCCCGCUUUCAACACAUUCGAAUCAUUCGAAAUCAGUUUAACGUUAAUCCUUUUUUUUAUACACGAUACUAAACAGUGAUCUCCUAAUUAUUAUAAAAUCGUUAUGAAUUCACAGAAAUGAUUACAGCAGCCAAUAAUUGGAAAAACAUUGAAAAAACAAGAAAAUUUCGCACAAGCAAUUAACGUAGACGUGAAUAAUGUUUGAAAAAUCGUAACGGAGCAAUGAAAAUCGUGAACGAUAUAUAUAGACGUGAUCUUAUGUCACAGCUGUGAAUACGUAAAGAAAAAUACUCAUCGAUUAUUAUUAUUAUCGAGAGCAAAAAAGUAAUUGCAUUCGUGGUGCACAACUUACGUGAUGGGUUGUAAAUAUUGUGGUUUACGUACAUGAAUUAAACAAAAUACGGAUAUGAUGUAAUACCUGUAGAAAGAUUUGUGAAGUCCCAAUCACCUACUGCCAAGAAAUAUUGAAAAAAAAAUCUUCAAAGCAUCGUAGAAAGGGAAUUAUAGAAAUAUUAUUAUUUUCACAUGCUUUUUCGCAUAUAGGAAUUAAUGGCAUUGUUUCGAGAGAGUUCUUGUCCUCUUUGACUCACGUUGGAAUAAAUAUUCGACGGGAUCACAAGGCCACAGAGCAAGCGAUGAUAAUGGAGGUGAAGAUAAAUUUGCAGAUUGUAGAGAAUCAAAGGGGAAGCACGAACACGGUGGUGAGAAAAAUUUCUUUCGAAGUAGCUUGAAUUGCAGACAUUAAUUAAUCGAUUAUAUUAAAGAUGGGCUUGAUUACUUGGUCGUCCAGGAAUGAGGCCACCGAAUAUUUGAAUGCAGCUCGAAACUUGCAGUCGUCUGUACCAAUUUUUGUGGUGGCUUGAGAAAAAUUUCAUCUUAUAAUUAAGAGUCAUUAUUUGUCGACUAUUUCAGUAUAACCGCAGAAAAAUACGAAAAUUGUACUUGAGAGACAUCAUACUUGUUGCCUGGCUCAUAAUCUGACCUGAAGAACGGCAAGGAUCUUGCACAGUGCGGAAAAAAGAGGCAAGAGGACGAGAAAAGAAGAAAAUUUGAGGAAUUAACUCUGAAGAAAAAUAGUAACGAACGCACACCCCGUUUUAUAACUUAGCACGUACUUACACAGACACACGCGCACGCACACAUAAAAGAAUCAAGAUCCGGAAAUCCAUUUCGACAUUUUAUGUCCAGCCGAAAAGUAUCUACCGACUAUAGCCAAAAAAUUAAACCAAAAACAAGAUGUAUUUACUACAGACAGAAUAUAAUUCGUGCUCUUGAGUCCGAUAGAAUGAUUAAUAGCGUUAAGUUAUUCGAUUAAGCUGUAAAUAAGCGUGUAUAUAUAAAUAUGCAGCGUCAAAAAAAAAUCCUUAGAUAAAGGGUGUGCGUUUGUCGGUGGUAUUUUUUACGGCCAUAAUUAAAAACAUACCUUUUUCCGUGGCGACAAAAAAUGAAAAAAAAAAAAAAAAAAAAAGAUAAGAAAAAGAAAAACAUGCAACAAACAACACAGUCCAGGGAAACUUUUCUUCGUAUUAUUACAAAUAUUACAACAAAAAAAAAUAUUCUGCAUCAAUAAUUUUACAACUUACGGACCGACAGUUUUCAUCGGCAUCGCACUUUCAAACUCGCAUUCGUUAUCAUGUGCGUAACACGCAUUUUCGUCUCAGUCAUAUUUUCUUUCAAUUUCCUUCUCCUUAAUAAUAAAUUAAUAAUUAAAAAUCAAUAAUAAUAAUAAUAUUAACAAUAAUAAUAAUAAUAACAAACAUUUUCAUUAUCGAUUCGUUCUUCCGGUGGGCCAUCCCAUCCAAAAUAGCGAUUACGUGUUUGUAGCAGUGACGAAACGCACAAAAAAAAAUAACGUCUAGGUCAAGUGUCGUUUCACGAGGAAAAGUCUCGUUGUGUUGUGUAUGCUCGUGUGUGCGUGUGGAUGUGUGCGUGUGUCUCCUGUAAUAUCAACGUCAUUGAGAGUUUUACCGAGCGAACACUGAUCCGAUUAUUGUGAACAUACUUUAAAAGUCACCCCUGUAGUGUGUACCGUACGAUAUUCGAAUGGAAAAAUAAGACAAAAAUCACAGAGCGAAUCUCGCUGGAAGCUUCAACAACUUUGAAAAAGGAUCCGCGCGUGAUGGACAAACAAGGCGCGCAACUCUCGAGCCCAAUGUCUUGCGAGAAUUCCCGCAAAGGGAAUAAAACAAAUGAAAUAAAUUAAAAAAAUUAGCGACAAAUAGAUUUACGAAAUCGAAAUAGUGUUUAUUGAUUACGAUAAUAAUAAAUUAUGUUAACGAUACUGAUAAAGGAGAAAAUAAACGAGAAAUAAAAUAUGGAAUAUUUAAAAUAACCAUAGAAAUAUCGUCGUCGAUGAGGUCAAAGAAAUAAGAGAUCCAUGCAGUUAACGAAUGAUUAUUAUAAGUUAAUGAAUAUUUAUUGUUAGGCACACAGUUAUUAUGUAUACCUCGUGAAAAUUUGUUAAAUAUGUAUACUACAUUACAAAAGCAAAAGAAAAAAAAAAAAAAACAAAAGAAAAUGAAUGAGAAAGGAAAUAUCUGUCUUUCCAAUGGUGUAUAACGAGAGAAGAAGAAAAGAGACAUUACUUGCUGCUUGGUUUUUGUAAACAUGCUUUUCAAUGAAAAAAAGCAUAAUGGAAGAAUAAAACUUGUUGUCGUAGA